CUGUUUUGUGGUAGUGUGUGUCAGAUAUCGAGUGUGGACAAUAGGAGAUAGAAGAGUUUUCUUUGGUGUGAAAUAUUGAUUCCGAUGAUUCAAGAAAUGAGUGAUAUAAAUGGCUUGCGGCAGGAUAUGUGUGUCAUAUUUGAGAUAUUGUAGUAUUUGAGUUUGAAACUGUGAGAGAUUGAAGUGUUUCAGCUGGAUAGAGUGUUGUAUGUAUUGCAUUCGGGUCGCCUUAGGUGGGAAAUACUGCAAUCUGAUGAUGUUUGUUAGUUUGAAGUGUGAUUCGAGAAUUGAGUGAAGAAGUGAGCUGGGACGGUCUGUGAGGUGUUAAGAGUGAUUCAUUUACCUCGAGUCAUUCAUGAAUUUGAGGACGAGAAAUUUGAUUGAUCUGACUCUUCGUGAUGUUUCAGGUUUUUGAACUCCUGCGCGAGCAAGUCUGGUACAAGCCGUACGCUGGUAUAUAUGUGAAGCUCAUCACCAUGCUCGGAAAAUGUAAGCAACCCGAGAUAGCUCAUACCUUGUUUCAGGCAAUGAUUGAUGAAGGGUGUGUGGCGGACCGAGAAGCUUACACUGCUCUUAUGUCUGCCUACAGCCGGAGUGGCCUUUUCGAUAGAGCGUAUUCCAUUCUCGAGCAGAUGAAGAAGAUCCCCGACUGUCAACCCGAUGUGUACACGUACUCCAUCCUCAUAAAGUCUUGCCUGCACGUUUAUGACUUUGACGCAGUUAACUCUCUCCUCUCGGAAAUGGAAGUACACGGGAUCAGACCAUCCACGGUCACGUAUAAUACUCUCAUCGAUGCGUAUGGAAAAGCAAAGAAGUUCGUGGAGAUGGAAUCCGUGCUCGUGCAGAUGCUCAGGCAGCCCCACUGCGAACCCGAUGUCUGGACCAUGAACUCGACGCUCAGGGCUUUCGGGGGCAGCGGGCAGAUAGAUAUGAUGGAGAAGUGCUACGAAAAGUUCCAGAAAGCCGGAAUCGACCCCACCAUCAAGACGUUCAACAUCCUCCUCGACGCCUACGGCAAAACAGAGAACUACGAGAAGAUGAGCGCCGUGAUGCAGUACAUGCAGCGGUACCACUACACGUGGACGCUCGUCACCUACAACAUCGUCAUAGAUGCGUUCGGGAGAGGCGGCGACGUCAAGCAGAUGGAGUUCUUGUUCCGGCUGAUGCAGUCCGAGAGGAUCAAGCCCAACUGCGUGACUCUGUGUUCGCUCGUGCGAGCCUAUGGGAACGCAGGGAAGCUCGAAAAGAUCGCGGCUGUUCUGCGCUUCGUCGAGAACUCCGACAUCACCCUCGAUACCGUUUUCUUCAACUGCUUGAUCGACGCCUACGGCCUGAUGGGAUGCAUCGCAGAGAUGAAGGUGGUGCCCGAGAUGAUGAAGAGACGGGGCUGCAGACUCGAUAAGGUCACGUAUCGAACGAUGAUCAAGGCGUUCUCGAUGAACGGGAUGACGGGCCAUGCCAAGGAGCUUCAGAAAGAGCUCCGUUCGAUGUAGAUGAGCGUUUACUUUGGAUGAUAGGAUAGAUUGAUUUCAAAAUGUAGUUUAGUACUCUCUCCGUCCCACAAAGAUAGUCCUACUUUGAUCCGGCACGAGUUUUAAGAAAUGUAAUGAAAAGUGAGUUGAAAAAGUUGGUGA